GUCUUCACAGAAACGACUCAUAAAUACCAGCUAGUACAUAAACCAAACGCAGUUGUUCAUUUCGAAUGUGGUCAUACGGAUGUUUUGUUGAACAUUUUCCAUCCCACGCUUAGGCGUUCCCUUUGCAUUCCUUUUCAUUUAGGGACCGUUGACUGAUGAGACGAUACAUGCAAAUAACGUUGCUGCAUUAAAGCUUCAAGAGAAACAUCGUGCAGCCUCCUUGGAGGCUGCUAUACUUGAAACAUUGGGCUCUCAUUUUUAUUUACAAUACGACAACCUUCACUUCGUCCCACUGCAUUAUCUUACCAUACAACAUGGCUCUCCCUACGGGCGCUGCUGCCUAUAAGAAAAAAGACGGCAUCCUCACACUCACUCCCGACCGAAAGAAUGUCAUAUGGACGCCAAACUCUGCACCAGGUGGUCCACCAUCUGUGUCGUUGUCCAUUUCAAACAUCACCAAUCUUCAGCAAACCCCCGAUAGUGCCGCUAAGGUUAUGCUAAAGAUUUUUGAUAAACCCCCUGGAAGCUCAGAUCCAUCUACUUAUUUAUUCCACUUCAAUUCUCCCUCGGAUCCAAGAGCGGAAGCCAAUGUGAUCAGAGAUCUUCUAUCCAAACUUCUUGUUGAGGUCAAGAAUAACGAUCCUAGUGUCCCACGUCCUGCUGCGCCUUCGGGAGGCUCAGGGGGCAGCGCCUCGGCAUCAAUAGCCUUCGCCAAUGCUGUGAACUCAAAGCCAACAAAGGCGCGUCUAUUCGACGACGACGCUUUGAAGAAUGACAUCACACUACAGCAAUCCCUUCUAAGGGCAGAUCGUACCCUUUCUCAGAUGUACAUGGAAGCUCGGAAGACGAAACCCGAAUCCAUGUCAGAUACGACGUUCAAUACUCAAUUCUGGUCUGCGAGGAUCAAUCUACUCCGAGCUCAUGCUAUUGAGAAUAACCAGAAGAAAGGCCCUUACAAUGUAUUGGCCCAAGUGAAACCUACCAUGGAGUCCAGUGCAGAUCCGAACAAGCCUAGUGAGCUGAAGAUCAAGUUUAGUGUCGAACAGAUUCAGAUGAUCCUUAACCAGCAUCCUCUGGUCAAGCGAAUCUACAACGAGAAUGUCCCACCCGUGAAGCAGAACGAUUUCUGGGAGCGAUUCUUCCUCAGCAAGCUGUCUAAGCAGUUAAGAGGAGAACGUGUUACCGAGCUUGAGAAACCCGACUCGCUCUUCGAUCAAUACGACGAAUAUGACGACAUCAAAGACUUCAAGAGCAAGCUCUUAUCUCAACACAUACCCCACAUCAUUGAUGUAGAAGGAAACGAAGAGAACCAGGGCGGCCUGAAGAGUGGAAACCGCAAAGAUAUCGAGAUGCGGCCAAGAGGUAGAAAGGAGGUACCUAUCAUUCAGACAUUGAACAGCAUUAGCGAGAAGCUACUUGCCAGUACUGCCUCGCGCGAAACCGAUCCUACGAUUCCGGUAGAGCCAGAAAAUGACACCUAUCGAGAGCUUGCCCUGCGUGAUCUUCGUGGGGAUGUUGAAGAAAGCCGUAUAAUUCUCAACAUCAAGGAACAGAGCAACUUCUUUUCGAGCAACACUGACACCAUCUCUGAAACAGCUUCAGUCUACGAGAAACAAAAACCAUCUAAGGUACUUAAGGAUGUACAGGGCGAUUUAAAGGGCCUCGGCCAGUACAGUGCUGGUGGUGUUGAUCUCCAUUCGUCGCUAGGUAUUGAUGAUGAUAGUGAAAGCGACGAAGAGGGACAGAAGCCGGCUCAUGUUGGAUCAAGAGCAUCACGAAAGACUGCGCAAAAGCAAAUACUCGACAGUAUGGCGCAGCAACGAGCUCAGCACUUUAGCCAGGACUCAGAUGAGACAUCGCCGAUGGGAUUGACUCCAGACAUGACCCAGACCUGCAACCUAACCCAUGCCACCACUAUAGAAUUCAUCAGGCAAUUCUGGUCCGCGUUCCUCUCGGGCGACCCUGAUCGAGCUGUUGAACUCGGGUAUUCGGUCGAGGCCCUUAAACGAUCUAAGGACAGAAUUAAUGCCGUCGCCGAGGAGGCUGAGCAGGUACGAGAGCAGCUGAUCAAGAAAAGAAAGGAGGAAAUCUACCAGAUCUACGAACGUACGAAGAGAAAGAUCAAGUUCAAUUCUAAGGCUAUUCGUGGUGGUAGACAUGCUGUCUUGACGCUCAUGGAACCUGCAAUCGAGUCCAUAGACCAUGCCAUAAACGAGUACCAGAAGGCAUUAACGGCGGAAGGAAUUCAGGCUAGCACGGAGUGAUGAGAUAAUUGCAUGGGCAUUCGGCGUUCUGGUUAGGAGGCCAGGAAAAUACAUUGCAUGGAACCCCUUAUGAUAGGGUAGACUAAUGAUA